GUGGGAGGCGGUGGGGGAGCCUGGGAAGAGCCAAGCGAGGGCUGGGAGGUUGGAGCCUGAAACGUGGAGAUCGGGAUUUAGAGACGCCAGACCCGGUGGAGACAAAGAGAUGGGGGAGGGGAACGACCCGCAGACUCGGACCAGACCUCGGGCUGGGGCAGGAACACGGGGCAGGGACACGGGAUUUCCGGAGACGGAGGGGAGCCGGUCAGCAUGGGCCCCGCCCGUCUGAAGUCACGAGGGAGGAGACAGGCGGUGGCGAGAACAGGUGUGAAGACAGCUCGGGGUGCACAGGAGACCCACAGGCCGAGAUAACGUGGGGACCCAGCACAGGCGUCAGCAAGGAGCCCGGGACCCUGACACCAUGUUCCCAGAGCCCCCGACCCCCGGGCCUCCGGCUCCCGACACGCCUCCAGACUCCAGCCGCAUCCACCAGGGUGCAGUGCCACCCUGGGCCCUGGCCACCAUCGUGCUGGUCUCAGGCCUCCUGGUCUUCAGCUGCUGUUUCUGUCUCUGCCGGAAGCGUUGUCAGAGGCGGAUGGGCAAGAAAAACCAGGCACAAGCCCAGGUCCACCUUCAGGAAGUGAAGGAGCUGGGCCGGAGUUACAUAGACAAGGUGCAGCCAGAAGUGGAGGAGCUGGAGCCCAUGCCAGCUGGGCUAGGGCAGCAGGUAGCAGAGAAGCACGAGCUAGGACGACUGCAGUACUCGCUGGACUAUGACUUCCAGAGUGGUCAGCUGCUGGUGGGCAUCCUGCAAGCGGAGGGACUGGCGGCCUUGGACCUGGGUGGCUCCUCCGACCCCUACGUGCGGGUCUACCUGCUGCCAGACAAGCGGAGACGACAUGACACCAAGGUGCAUCGGCAGACAUUAAACCCACACUUUGGGGAGACCUUCGCCUUCAAGGUCCCCUACGUGGAGCUGGGGGGCAGGGUGCUGGUCAUGGCGGUAUACGACUUCGACCGCUUCUCCCGCAAUGAUGCUAUUGGGGAGGUGCGGGUCCCCAUGAGCUCGGUGGACUUGGGGCGGCCAGUGCAGGCCUGGCAGGAGCUGCAGGCUGCUCCGAGGGAGGAGCUGGAGAAGCUAGGGGACAUCUGCUUCUCUCUCCGCUACGUCCCCACGGCCGGGAAGCUCACUGUCAUUGUCCUGGAGGCCAAAAACCUGAAGAAGAUGGAUGUAGGAGGACUGUCGGAUCCCUAUGUCAAGGUCCACCUGCUGCAGGGGGGUAAAAAGGUGCGGAAGAAGAAGACUACCAUCAAGAAGAACACGCUGAACCCCUACUACAACGAGGCGUUCAGCUUUGAGGUGUCCUGCGACCAAGUCCAGAAGGUGCAAGUGGAGCUGACCGUGCUGGACUACGACAAGCUGGGCAAAAAC